AUGCUCAUCCCCACCGCAAGGACCGCCCUGACCAUCCAUCGAACCAGUCUCGCUCCCCCCCACCGCCUCAUCCAUCAGCCGGCAGCACUCGCCACAUUCCUCCACGAUCUCGCCGCCCACCCAGACCACGCACCCGAGCAGCAAGACAGCACCGACCUCGACGAGCACCAAUCCGAUGGGCCCUCUCGUCGAUCGGCGGCCUCCGAAUACGGCUCCACCAGGCAGCCGAUCAUCAGACUGCCCGCCGAGCUCGUCACUGGCGUCCAUGAGAUCAUCCAAUCCGUCGCCCAUCGAUCGACCAUCCGGACAAGCGCUCUUGGCCUCUACGGGAAAUACAGGCUGACCGGCUCCAAGCAGUCACUCAGCAUCUCCAACACCGAUCUCAUCGACGCAUUCCUCUCAGAACGAACGGCCGAAGACGGCAAGAAGAUGGUCAAGCCCAAGCUACGCACCACCUACGACCAUCUCACCUCGAUAUCCUAUGCAGCCGGCGCAAUGCCCUCGGCCUACGGAGCAACCCUCAAGGUCCUCUUCGAGCUCAAACGAAGACUCAACAGCCUCAAAAUUCGCCACAGCCUCGAAUCGGAAUGGACUCCUAAAACGCUUCUCGACUACGGGUCGGGAACCGGCUCGGCUGCAUGGGCGGCUCUCGAAAUCUGGCCCGAUACUCUCAAAGAAUAUACCGCGCUCGACAAAUCGAGUAGCAUGAUCUGGCUCAACGAAACGCUCCUCAAAAAACGCGCCAAUCGGCCGCUCCUCGGCCCAGAUACCUCCGACCUCAAGGCCACCUUCCGAAGAAUCACAAUCUCGCCCACCCAGGCCGAAAGGGACAGGCAGACAACCAGCGGGCCUACCGACUGGCUCAAAGCAAUCGAAAACGAGCACCCAGAGCAACCAUCCCCGCAGAUCGAACCCGAGCCGUCCAAGUAUGACUGGACCGGCGAUGCAGAUGGCCUACUCGCAAUCAUGUCCUUCACCCUCAGCGAUCUUCCAAAUCAACCCGCAAGGCGCCAGGCGAUCGAGGGGAUGUGGAACAGUGGGGCAGAGACGAUGGUGGUGAUCGAUCGAGGCACUCCGGCUGGCUUCCAGCUCGUCGCCGAUGCCAGGCAGCAGCUCCUCAUGCUUGGCCGGAGGGAGCUGAGGAGAGCUAGCUAUCACAGCCAGCUCGCGAGCGGCUCCGAGAUCGGCCCAGGUGGACCCCCGGACCAGUCGGCCGAUUUGGGCUCCUGGGUCUUGGCUCCUUGCCCGCACGAUAAACCCUGUCCCCUGCACCUAUCCGACAACCCAAAACACUUUUGCCACUUUUCCCAACGGAUCGAACGCCCCCAAUUCCUCAAAGAUACCAAACAUACCUCCAGACCGGAAGAAGAUGCCAAGUUUUCCUAUGUCAUCAUUCGCAGGGGCCAGCGGCCUCCAUCUCCUUCAAUAUCCCCCGACUUGGCGAGCUCAUCCGGUGACACAGAAUCGGCAGAUGGCAACAGCGACAACUCGUCCAAUGGCGCUUCUUUAGAAUGGCCUCGGAUCAUUCUGCCGCCGCACAAGUGCAAAGGCCAUGUGAUCUUCGAUGUCUGCGCCGCCUCGGGUCAAAUCGAAAGACUCACUGUGCCGCGAUCCCAGGGGAAACAAGCCUACUAUGACGCCCGCAAGACCUUCUGGGGCGAUGCGUGGCCCCAUGGAAGCAAGAAACCUGCGCUCGUCAAGGAUUUGCAGGCUCAGAGCGGCAAUCGAGGCGAUCGGAGGAGGAAGAAGAAAGAGCUCAAUCCGGAGUUCGACCAAUGA